AUGCACAAGGCCGGCCAGCACAUCGAGAAGAAGCUGAAUGACCACGGCUACAUCAUCGCCCGCUCGGCAGACCAGGCCGAGCAGUCCGAGCGCGGUCUCAAGCACUGGAUGGACGAGCACGGCUACGUCUUCAUUCGCUCCGCCGCCGACGAGGCCAGCGAGCUCGAGGCACGCAAGAGCAAGAGCAAGUCCAAGAAGCCCAAGAAGAACAAGGAGGAGGAGGAGCCGGCGCCUGCCCGCGGCGGCCGCGCCAGGCUGCGCCUCGGCGGCCGCGACAUCGAGGACCUGGGAGCUCGCGAGGCGGCCCAGGCCGACGAGCUUAUGGCCCGCGGCCUCGGCCACUGGCUCAAGGAGAAGAUAGGCCUGCACCCAGCCCAGAUUGUCGACGGCCAGCAGGCACCGCCCAACCCUAACGCGGUGCCCCGGCGCGCACUCGACGACGAUCUCGCGGCGCGCGGCAAGUUCAAGGAGUGGCUCGACUACCAACUCACCCGACCACUCUGA